AUGGCUGAGGAUAUAGACAGAAUAACAUCAGAAUGUAGCAUUUGUCAGAAGUUCAAGUACAAGCAACAGAAAGAAAACCUGAAGGUGACGUAUGAUCAAAUUGGGCCAUGGGAAAGAAUUGGCUCUGAUCUAUUUGAGUUGGGUAACAAAGAUUACCUAUUGGUCAUUGACUACCACUCAAAUUUCCCUGAAGUUGUAAAACUCAGCUCAACCAGUUCACCAUCCGUGAUUAGACAUCUGAAGUCUAUCUUCAGUAGACAUGGUAUUCCCAAGAUUGUAGUCACAGAUAAUGGACCACAGUAUGCCAGCUUCGAGUUCAGGGAAUUUGCAGGUCACUAUGGAUUUAAACACAUAACUUCAUCACCAGUAUAUCCCCAGAGUAAUGGGAAAUCUGAAAAGGGUGUUCAGAUUGUUAAGAGGUUGCUAAAGAAAGCUAUUGAGAGUGGUCAAGACCCAGAACUGGCACUAUUGCAAUAUAGGUCAGCACCCCUGAAAUGUGGAAAAUCCCCAGCUGAACUCCUGUUUAACAGACAGUUGAAAACAAGAGUACCAAGAGUCAACAAAACUGAGCAAGACUCGCAACUGGGUGAAAAUAUGAAAUCUCUCAAAGUUCAACAAAAAGCUCAGUAUGACAAAUCUGCCAAAGAUUUGGUCCCAUUAGUAUCUGGUGAUGUUGUUCGUCUCAGGUUUCCGCCAAAUAGUAAGGAAUGGAACAUCAAGGCAAAAAUUGUAAGGGAGGUAGCUCCCAGGUCUUAUGAGAUUGUAACAGAACAAGGGAAGGUGUAUAGGAGAAAUAGAAGACACCUACUGAAAACAAAGGAAUUGUAUGUUCAGGAACAAACAGGGCUGUCGGAUGAAUCUUAUGCCAGUAUCUUCAACCAAGUUGAUAAAUUGUCAACAAAUUCACUGCCAGCUGUGGUAGACUCUCAGGUUCAGGAAACUGCCCAGGUUGUUCCAGGACUUCUCUCAAGUAGUCCUCAGAGUACUAGUAGUCCUCAGAUUACAAGGCGUUCUGCUAGAAUCAGCAAGCCUCCAACAAGACUUAUUGAACAGAUGUGA